AUGGCCAUCAACGUGGGGAAGGCAAACCUUGUGGAGCACUUGGAGCUCAUCCUCAGUCUCCGUGGCUCCUACCCGAUAGUGGCAAUCGAUACGGAGUUCCCGGGGUUCAUUCGCGACACCCCUCGCGAUGCCACCGAAGAAGAAAGAUACAAUGACGUGAAGCACAACGUGGAUAACAUGCACCUGAUCCAGCUGGGCGUCGCCUUGUUCGACGAAGGCGGCAACACCCCAUGGCCGGGGUGCUGUUGGCAGUUCAAUUUUUCGGAUUUCGAUCCCGAUGUGGAUGCUUCCUCUCCCGACUCCAUCGAGUUGUUGACACAGAGCGGGCACGACUUCCAGCAAUACCGACGACACGGCAUCGACGCGCGGCGGUGCGCCUAUCUGGUAUGCGUGAAGCUCUUCUGCCAACCCUACAGCUCCAAGUAUGUUACGUUUCAUGGACUCUACGACGUGGCAUUCGUGAUAAAGAUGAUCACCCGAGCCCCACUGCCCAACACCUUGAACGAGUUCUCUGAUUUGGUUCUGGUAGAACCUAGGAGAUUGGUGAGAGGCGAGAUGGACCUCAAGAUGGGAAUUGGAGCAAAAGUUACUGUUGUGGUUGUUGGCAAGUACAAGUCCGAGGCCUUCGAGAAAUUCAGGAAGUAUAAGAACAAAGUGGAGAAUCAGACUAGAAAGAGUAUUAAGAUCUUCGAUCAAAUCGAGGAGCUCAAUGGUGUAUCCGAAAGGAGGAAUUGCACACUAUUAGAUAUAGUGCGGUUAAUGAUAAAUUUCGCCGACCUCCCCGUCUCAUUCUAUGGAUACACCCUAAAGAUCGUAGAUUACCUUCUGAACAGAAUUCCAACUAAGUCGGUGGUAUCUACUCCAUAUGAGAUAUGGAAAGGGAAAAAGCUCGAUCUUAAGGUUGUUAAGAUUUAG